AUGGCGUCUCGUUUUAGUGGUGCUUUGCAGUUAACAGACUUGGAUGAUUUUAUAACUCCCUCGCAGGAGUGUAUAAAGCCAGUUAAAAUAGAGCGAACAAAGACCAAAACAGGUGCAAAGAUUAAAAUUGGCGAAGAUGGAUAUUUCGAUGUGUCUAAUGGCAAAGAACAAAAGUUACAGAAGGUAGAAAUAACACUUGCAGACUGUCUCGCUUGCAGUGGUUGUAUCACAUCUGCUGAGAGUGUUCUUGUCACGAAGCAGAGUCAAGAGGAGUUGUUGCGAGUAUUCUCAGAGAGGAAGUACACAGACAACAAUGGUGUGACCAAUGAUGUGCGUCUCAUAGUGAUAUCUCUGUCACCACAGCCUACACUAUCCCUGGCGGCUAGGUACAAACUCACACCAAAAGAAGCCACUGACAAAUUAGCAGGUUACUUCAAGAGUUUGGGAGCAGACCUUGUUCUGGAUAUGACAAUAGCUGAGGACUUCUCCCUGUUAGAGGCACAACAGGAGUUUCUACAAAGGUUCCAGAAUCAACUUCAUGAUCCAAAAUCCAAAAACUUACCAAUGUUAGCUAGUUCCUGCCCAGGUUGGGUCUGCUACGCGGAAAAAACACAUGGCAACUUCAUCCUCCCCUACAUAUCAAGCACGAAGUCUCCACAACAGAUCAUGGGCUCCCUCGUGAAGCAGUACCUGUCCAAGUGUAGGGAGCAGAACCCCAGCGAGAUAUACCACGUGACCUUCAUGCCGUGCUAUGAUAAGAAGCUCGAGGCGUCCCGCGAGGACUUUUACAGCGAGAUAAUGCAGUGUCACGAUGUCGACUGUGUUAUCACUUCAAUCGAGCUAGAGCAAAUGCUCGAGAAUGACAAUAAGUCGCUGAGAGAUGUACCUGGAAUGGAACUGGACUGGCCUUGGGAAGCCCUGGGUGAGGGGAGCCCGCUCGUGCGCAGGCACGUCGGCAGCGGCUCCGGGGGAUACGCCGACCAAGUGUUCUUGUACGCAGCGGAACAAUUGUUUGGCGAAGGAAAUGCGCAGCUGACGUACAAGAAUUUAAGAAAUCCAGACUUCCGCGAGGUGGUUCUGCAGAAAGAUGGGCAGGAUGUAUUGCGAUUCGCGAUCGUCAACGGCUUCAGGAAUAUACAGAAUUUGGUACAAAAGCUGAAGCGAGGCAAGUCGCCGUAUCACUACGUGGAAGUAAUGGCAUGUCCCUCAGGAUGUCUAAAUGGUGGUGCACAAAUCCGACCGGUGGCAGGAGAGAGCGGGCGCGAGUUGGCCGCGCAGCUGGAGCUGAUGUACUCGGAGCUGCCGCUGGCGACGCCCGGCGACAACAAGCUGGUCCGCAAGCUGUACGGCGAAUGGCUCGACGGGAGGGACUCCGACAAGGCGGCCGCCAUGCUCCACACCAGCUACCACUCCGUCGAGAAAUCUGACAUAGCGCUUAAUAUUAAAUGGUGA